AUGGAAAGAUAUAAAAUUUUGACAGAGCUUGGAGAUGGGUCUUGUGGGACUGUAUAUAAGGCCAUCAAUAUGGAAAUAUCAGAGAUUGUUGCAGUCAAGAAAAUGAAGAGAAAGUUCUAUUUCCAGGAAGAAUGCACAAGUCUACGUGAAGUUAAGUCCCUCCAUAAAUUGAUUCAUCCUAAUAUCAUAAAGUUGAAGGAGGUCGUCUGGGAAAACAAUGAGUUAUUCUUCAUAUUCGAUUAUAUGGAACGCAAUUUGUACCAGAUAAUGAGAGACCUGGAAAGACCCUUUUCAGAAGGAGAGAUAAGAACCUUGAUGUUUCAGGUGCUGCAAGGACUUGCAUACAUGCAUAGAAGUGGAUAUUUUCAUCGAGACUUGAAACCUGAGAAUUUGCUGGUGACAAAUAAUGUCAUCAAAAUUGCUGAUUUUGGACUGGCCAGAGAGGUGUCGUCAAUGCCUCCAUUUACAGAUUAUGUUUCCACUCGGUGGUAUCGAGCACCAGAAGUCUUGUUGCAAUCUCCAUUAUAUACUCCUGCCAUAGGUAAGCAGCAUUGCAAUUCCCUUUUUGAUUGA